AUGGGCAAGGAAAACUGUACCAUUGCGACAGAGUUCAUUCUUCUUGGAUUAUCUGAUGUCCCUGAGCUGACAGUCUUUCUUUUCAUGGUGUUCCUUCUGAUCUAUGGAGUCACGGUUUUGGGAAACCUGGGCAUGAUUGCACUGAUUCAGGUCAGCUCUCGCCUUCACACUCCCAUGUACUUUUUCCUCAGCCACCUGUCUUUUGUAGAUUUCUGUUAUUCCACAAUCAUUGUGCCCAAGAUGCUAGCUAAUAUUGUAAACGAAGACAAAGCCAUAUCCUUCCUGGGAUGUGCUGUGCAAUUCUACUUGUUUUGCACGUGUGUGGUAACUGAAGUCUUCCUGCUGGCCGUGAUGGCCUAUGACCGCUUUGUGGCCAUCUGUAACCCACUGCUCUACAUGGUCACCAUGUCCCGGAAUCUCUGUGUGGAGCUGGUGUCUUGCUGCUACCUCGGAGGGACUGUGUGUUCUCUGAUUCACUUGUGUUUAGCUCUUCAGAUCCCAUUCUACAGAUCAAAUGUGAUAAACCAUUUCUUUUGUGAUCUGCCCCCUCUCUUAUCUCUUGCGUGCACUGAUGUGUUUAUGAAUGAACUGCUCCUAUACAUUGUAGCUACUUUCAAUGAGAUAAUAACCAUUGUCAUUAUCCUCACCUCCUAUUUGUUUAUUCUCAUCACCAUCCUCAAGAUGCACUCUGCAAAGGGAAGAUACAAAGCCUUUUCCACCUGUGCCUCCCAUCUCACAGCCAUUGUUGUUUUCCAUGGUACAAUCCUUUUCACUUAUUGCCGGCCCAGUACUGGCGAUAGUACAGAUACUGACAAGGUGGCCACAGUGUUCUACACAGUAGUGAUUCCCAUGCUGAACCCUCUGAUCUAUAGUGUAAGGAACAAAGACGUUAAAGAAGCUCUCAGAAAAAUGGUGCGCUCCAAAAUAUUUUCUCUGAGAAUAUUUUCUUAG